ACAAAUGAUGCGUAUGCUACUCAAGAAAAGAUAUUUGAAUCUAUCGGAGAAGGAGUGUUGGCGAGUAUGUCACAAGGUUUGUCUGCGUGCGUGCUUGCUUAUGGUCAGAGCGCAACUGGAAAGACGUAUACCAUGAUGGGAACAGAGUCCAACCCUGGUCUGAUACCACGACUUUGUCGCGCUCUCGGCGAUGAACAGCCCGUUGAUAUUAAUGUCAGUUUUUUGGAGAUAUACAACGAGCGAGUGCACGACUUGCUGGCGGGCGACGUGAUACCAGUCGCGGAUACCUUCGGCUCCUUGCCUCGACGCAAGGGCAACGCUCGGAAGGAUCUGCGCGUCAGAGAACAUCCUACCAAAGGACCAUACGUACAAAAUCUCCGUCGCGUUUGCGUGCGUGACGUGGGCACCCUGUUGUCGCUGGUGUGUGAGGGCGCAAGGCGACGACGUACUGCAGCCACGCGCCGCAACCCUGCUUCCUCGCGCUCGCAUGCUUUGCUGCAGCUUACAACACAGCGAGCCACGCUGCACCUCGCCGAUUUAGCUGGCAGUGAAAAAGCAAGCUGGGAGGGCUGUGGCGGAGGAAGACAAAAGGAAGGCGCAAAUAUUAACAAAUCCUUAGUUGCACUCAGUAAUGUUAUUUCAGCCUUAGUGAACGGAGGAAGUGGAAGAAGUAAAUUCGUGCCGUAUCGAGACUCGGCUUUAACGUGGCUAUUGAAAGAUUGUUUUACCGGCGGAGGCAGCAUUUUUAUUAUUGCUACGGUAUCACCCAGUUUCGCGUGCUACGGCGAGUCGGCAUCGACACUCCGCUGGGCGGCUCAGGCGCGUCGCUUGCAGACACCAAAGCCGGCACCAGUCGCAGGAGUUACUACAAGGACUGCUCUGCAAGCACAACUCAAUCAAUUGCUCUCUGAACUCAGUAGACAUCAUAUACGAUAUGUACCGGAAUCUGGAAAAAUAUGGUACGAUGAUGAUCACUGGAAAUUAAAUUCGAAUAUUAACAACGAUAAAUUAGAAAAAGAAGCAAAAAUAGGCAACAUUAUGAAUACAUAUCCAAAAACUGACCCUCCAAAAUCGGAAUCUACAGCAGCUGUGAUCGGAAGUUUGGAUGUUCUUAGUAAUUUGGAUAAUAAAACCAAAGUAGAUAAUGAAAUUCACAAAGAAGUAGACAAAUUUUUCGGUCCUAUGUUAGAAAGAACACAAAGCGGCAGUGUUUUAGAUAUUACGCCACUAAGACAUAAGAAAAGACAGUACUGUUCCGAAGAGGUAUUGCCAGUGGACGGGUCUUUAAUUAAUGAAAAUAAUGAAAAAUUGCCAGAUUAUUCCCGAAAUCAUAAAGAGCAAGACGAAGAAAAAAUUAAACAUGCUAUCGAAAACAAGAGUUCUCCUGUAUCAAUUUUGUAUGACAAUCAAAGAGCAGAAAUUAUUGCAUCUGUCACAGAAAGGUUGUAUUCAAAAUUUAAAAAGGAUGCUGCAGCUAACAAAGUGGAUUCUACGGCAGAGAGAAAGACGAUGCCACCUUUAAGUGAAUUAAAGAUUUGUAGUAAUGCUCGUCAGCGCCUUUUGGAAUUGAGUCAAAAAGCAAUAAGAAAUAAGAAAAGAAUCGGUAUACCGGCUCACACACAAACAAGAAGAGUUGUUAUUCGAGUUAAGGAUCAAGGAAUUAAUGCUCAAACUGAUCUUGCACCAUUUAUUGUACUCAAACAUGACACAAAAAUAUUUUAUAAGGAUGCUGCUACAGAAACUAUUCCUUUGACACCAAGAUGCAAAGACGUCGCAUGCGGUGACGGAUCAUUAAAUUUCUAUGAUAAAUCCACAACAAUGGAAAUUAGAAAGAUAGCCAAGAAACACAGUACUGUUAUGACUGAUAUUAUAUUAAAAAGAAGUAUGUGUACUCAAACUCAAAUUUUACCACAUUCAAGAAGGAGAAAAAGAACAACAGCAUGUACAAAAUUACACAAAAAUCGUAAAAAUAGCAAACAAACAAAAGAUAGUUGUAUAAUUCCUUCAGUAAUUAAUAUAAACAUUUCCCCAGUCUGUUCAUUUGAUUCUGAUUCAUUGAAUUCAAGUGAAAAAUCUGACAAUGAAUCUACACAAAACAAAAGCGAAAAUUUGGAUAAUACUCCAGAUCUUUUGGUAAGUCAUAACACAGACAUUGUUGAAGCAAUUAAAGUAAGUGACAAUGAUUUAGCAAAUAUUGAAAAAGCUACAAGUGAAAAAGACGAUGUUAUUUCUACUACUGAAGUUUUUGAUAAUUUAACACUUGAUGACUUCCCGGAUGAGGACCUGCCUUUACCACGAGUGACCGUGGAUACUACAAGAGUUUACGAUGAUAAUGAUAUGAAAAAUUUAAUUUUGGGACGAGAUAUCAAUGCUUAUCCUUACAAUAUUGCGCUAUCUCCAAACAAAAAUAAAGAAGUUAAAAGGGUUAUUAAGUUUAAAGAAUCGAAAAGCGACAACUUUAAUACGUUUAAUGAAUGUGAUAAAACGAGUUUUAAAUAUGAUUAUGUUAAUAGAAAUCAUUUCUUGGAUCCAUAUUCUGAUACUUCAGACUCAACUAGAAUGGAAACGGAUUCUUUUAUUUGGAAUAAAGUUAACAUUAAAGAUAUGACCAAGCACAAAAAUCAACCUAAAUACAGUACUAGAGAUGCUAACCUUUGUAAUAAUUGCCUUGAUUUUGAGACUGAUUUAGACUUGGAUAUUAAUUCAAGUAGUGUAUCAGAACAAAAUGAUAUAAGCAAAAAAGGAAAAUAUUGGACGUGGCAAAGUGGGAAAAGAUCAAAUAGAUUGAAAAAGGGAAGAGAACCAAAAUAUAAAGAAUUUGGAAAUAUCGAAAAUAAAAUAAUUGAGACCUGUAGUGGUUUAGAAACUGCAGCUUCAGAAUAUGAAAGAUAUUUAGAUAGAUAUUACGGUGAUCACCCAAUAAGAAGUCCUACUGAAUAUUUGCAAUAUCUUGUAAACUUAAGAAGGGAAGUAGUCAGAGAGUCACUUAGUACUUGUAGUACGGAUACAAUUUCUUCUGACGGUCAUGAUGCUUCGACUUUAUAAAUGAAGUGUUGGAAGGAAAUGUUAGAACUAACCAGAAUGAAUUAAAAAGGCCACAUACCCGUUAAUCAUCAUCACCAGCUCACUAUAUGUUCCCACUGCUCAGAGCCUACCCUAAGAGGUGAUUUCGUCAUAGUCAACGACGCUGGCGCAUUGACAGUUGGGACCCUUUUAAUGUUUGCCCGAUAUGAGCUUCUUAUGGAUAAUUGAAAAAGCUUUUGAGUGCGGACAAAAGUGUUUACCGAUACCAAUUCAAAUUUAGAAAAGAAAAAA